CCACCCACUUAGUCCAAGAGUCGUCUUAUGGUGCGUGUGUUUGCUUCCUUGAGCCUAUGUCUGGAAGUUCUACUCGCUUGUAAGGGAAAGUUGCUUCACACGCGCCUCUGUCAGUAACAGUCUGCCAGCUCAACAAGAGCUCGCGACUUCUGGAUUUCAGACUAGGGAGAUCUAGUUUGAGCCGACGAUUCCAUGUGGUUGGGAACAUCUGCUCCGUCAAGUGUAGACAAUUCUUCUGUCACCAGGCAAUUGGACUAGAGGAGUAGAUUAUUCGCUUUAAGAAUUCAAUUCAGUUGAAGCAGUCAGCGUGGGUGCGCGCGGUAUGGGUGCUAACUCAACUAAAGCCGCGAGGCACGUGCUCAGCACGAGGCCGCACGUGCUCAAGAACGACCUCCGCAACCUCUUCGCUCACGCCGCAGAGUCCAACGCGACCCGGCAGGGGCAGGCCCAGUCGAGCCGAUUCCGCCGGCGCAACAACUGCGACCGCGACGGAAACCGGGACGGUCACAAGCGUUGCUGUGACGGGGAGCCGGCAUGCAUGGCGGUAGUUGACGGCGGCGACGGUGACGGGGAUACGCGUGGCCGAGAGCACGAAGACUAUGACCAUGGAUAUGAUCAAGCACGCUGCGAUCGAUCUUGUGGCGACGCACGCUGCAGUACAGGUGGCGCGCGGACAAGCGGAAAGAUGGGGGGGCUGGAAAGGACGGGGGCUUCCGCGCCGGGAUCUACUUCGGCGGAAGGGUGCGCGGAGAGGUGCGGGCAGGGGUGCGGGGAGGAGUUUCCAGUCGAGUGGGUACCGUCGUCGUCCGCUUCCGCUUCCGCUUCCGCUUCCCCGAUCAUCCCCUUGUCUGCGCCCAUUUUCCGCCGAUCCGUUCCGCCGCCGUACGCCACCUCCUCCUGCUCCUCCCCGUGCUCGCUCUCUCUGUCGUGCUGCGACGAGGGCUGCGGCCUCUCGUCCACGCGAGACAGCUCUGACGCUUUCGAUGCCGCCGGCGUGAGCGGCGAGUUGAGCGGAGCGGGCGAGUUCGAUGGGCCCCGCCCGCAAACGCCGCUGCUGCUGCUGGAGUGGCAGGAGAAGGUGGUCGGGGAGGUGGGCGAGGAGGAGGAGGUGGGGGGCGGCGGGUUUCUGGCGGUCGGCGGGGAUCACGGAGGGAACCGGCGGGACAUGGGGGACGAUUGCGAUUCGCGUUAUUUGCGGAGGGGGGGGAGAAGUAGAAGCGCGAGCGAGGAGGAGGAUGAGGAGGAUGAAGCGUUCCGGGAAGAAGGGUUUAUAGUUCGCCGCAGGACAAGAAAGGGUAGCUUUCACCGGAGUGUCUCUACCAGCAGUGACUCCAACAAGAGUAAUUGUAGCGGAGAUGAUAAACCGCUAGCUGGUUGUGUUGGUGAUAGUAGCCAAAGGGCGAGAGAGUUGAAAGCAGAGGUGGGAGAAGAAAGGGAGGAGAUUGAUGCUGGCGGUAAAAGUGUGCUCGUUACAAGCAACGCCACUGCAGCGAGUAGCGGUGGCUACAGAAACAGUAGCAGAAUCGGCAGGAGCAGAAGCAGAAGCAGAAGCCAUGAUAGAGGCAGUCAACGCAGCCAUGACAGCUGUCUAAGCCUGGACGAUGAAGUUGGAGAAUCUCCUCCUGCUGCUUCAGCCGCUCUGUCCUCAGCUGCUGCUGCGGCUGCUGCUGCUACUGAUGCUGGUGCUGCGGGUGGUAAAGCUGGUCCUGUUGCGGAUGCUUCUGCCGGCAAUGCUGCAUGCGAGUCUGCUGCUCCGGAGUGCGUAAAGCCAGAAGGGAACGGGAGCACACUCAAGGCAGUGCAUGGCGGCAACAGGGGCAAAGUGCUAGGAGGCUGGGGAAGCAGGGAAGGCGGGGGAAGAGCCUUCUGGAGUGGGCAUCUGGAUGUGAGAGCAGCUGGUUUUGGUACUGGUGUAUGGACUAAUAGCACAGGUUGGAGACAUGCAGACGCAGCUGCUGCCACUGCAGGAAAAGAAGAGGAGCAGGUACGGAAUGGUAGGCCGUUUGGCCAGGAACGUGUAGGGGUGAAGAGCGGAUUGCAGGGGUGUACUAACAUUGCAGAUGGUACCGGUAUUGACAGUCACAGGCGCUCUGGCAACAGCAAGAACACUAGCAGCACACGCAGCAGCAGCAACAGCAGCAGCAGCAGCAGCAGCAGCAGGAGCAGCAGGCAUGAGAGGGCGCUGCUGGCAGCAGUCGAACGGUUGGUGUGGCAUCGCCUGCGCACAAAGUCAGAUGAGCCUGUAGUGCCGGAGCUCUUCUACAGGGUUCACACAACAGAGAAGGAUCUCCAGGCGAAGAUUUGAUACAAGGGUGACUUGGAAUUUGCUAAUGCAAAGCAUGUACGGUAGUUGUUCUCUCUGUCCCAUUUCUUGGUGUCAUGCACUUAAUGUACAUAAUGUAGCCCAUUUAUAUG